AUGCGCAGAAUCAUAACGUUUCCUUAUUUUCUUGGACUUGAGCGUGCGUCGAUGGUAGCUUGGACGGAAGACGGGAAACACGGAGGGCGGGAGGGGAGUGGAGGCGAGAAGAGGGAGGAGCACGGUGAGGGGAAGAUGGGCGAUGAGGGGAAGAUGGGCGAUGAGGGGAAGAUGGGCGAUGAGGGGAAGAUGGGCGAUGAGGGGAAGAUGGGCGAUGAGGGGAAGAUGGGCGAUGAGGGGAAGAUGGGCGAUGAGGGGAAGAUGGGCGAUGAGGGGUAG